AUGUCAGGCAUCGGGGAAAUUUUGAAAGCGGUUGGUGAUUUUGGGCCUUUUCAGAAAUGGCUGGUGCUGCUCACCUUGUUUCCCUGUCUCAGCGUGGCUUUCCACCAGUUUUGCCAACUUUUUAUGGUCCCGCACGUGCCACAUCACUGCAACACCAGCUGGAUCCGUGCCGUUGGCCCCAACCUGACGGAGGAAGAGCAGCUGAACCUCACCCUGCCCCGGGACGCCGACGGGGCAUACGAGCAGUGCUCCAUGUACUCACCGGUGGACUGGGACCUCGGCUCCAUCGUGGCGUAUGGCCUGAACGCCACGGAGAAGUGCAGCGGUGGGUGGGUGUACCCCUCAGCACAACCGCCGUCCCUGCUGACCGAGUUUGACCUGGUGUGCGACAGGAAGGACCUGAAUGACAUCUCCCAGUCUGUCUACAUGGUGGGGCUGUUCCUAGGAGCCAUGAUCUUUGGGCCGCUGAGUGACCGGAUCGGCCGCCGGCCAGUCAUUCUGAUCUCCGUCUUCCUCCAGGGCUUGUUCGGUGUAGGAAUUGCCUUUGUGCCCCAUUUCUAUGUGUACGUGGCCUUCAGAUGUGUCGUGGGGGCUUCGGUGUCAGGGAUCACCAUGACGAUACUGGCCUUAGGUGAGUGGGGUGCCCAUGCCCUGGGCUACAGAACCCGCCCAAAGGCAGUCCUUACUUCUCACUGCUGUGUCGCCAUCGGGCAGAUGCUCUUGGCUGGCUUGAGUUACGGUGUUCGCAACUGGAGGCUGCUGGAGAUUGCAGGAUCUGCUCCUAUAUUUGCCUUUUUCUUCUACAUCCC